AUGGCGUCAUUGCUGCCCGAAUGCAUUUUUUCUGGGGCUGAGCAGACUGUCGCAUCGCGAAUCCCCGCGUACGGCAAGCGUAAAGGCUAUCUUCCCCGCAAACCUGAGGACUUUGGCGAUGGCGGCGCGUUUCCCGAGCUGCACUUUGCCCAGUAUCCUUUGGGCAUGGGCUUGAAGGAUAAGCAGGGCAACUCCAAGGCUGUGGUACCUGUGCAAGUGGAUCAAAACGGCAAGAUUCGCUAUGACGCUCUGCUUCGCCAUGGUCAGCGUAGCGACAAGAUUGUGCACUCGACCUACGACAGUCUGGCUGCUGUGGACGUCACAAACGAUGAAGAACGUCGUCAGAUGCCCUCGGAAGACACGGUGGAAGAGACAACGCUAAAGACGAAACAAGCUUUGGAAGAGCUCGUCAAUGGCAAAAUUCAAAACGUUCGCACCACACACGUGGACAAGGUCAACCGAGAUGCCACCUACAUCCGCUACACGCCUGGACAGAUUGAUCAGCAGCACAACUCGGGUGCGCAGCAGCGCAUCAUCCGCAUGGUCGAUGUGCAGGUGGACCCGAUGCAGCCACCCAAGUUUCGCACAAACAAAAAGAUUCCCCGCGGCCCACCCUCGCCCCCGGCACCCGUGCUGCACUCGCCACCCCGCAAGGUGACGGCUGACGAGCAGCGCAACAUGCGCAUCCCACCGUGCAUUUCCAAUUGGAAAAACUCCAAGGGUUUUGUGGUGCCGCUGGACAAGCGCAUGGCAGCCGACGGCCGUGCGCUGCAGGAUGUGACGAUCAAUGACAAAUUUGCCAAGCUCUCCGAGGCCUUGCACAUUGCUGAGCGCAAAUCACGCGAGGAUAUUGCCAUGCGUCAAGACAUUCAGAAGCGGGCGGCCCAAAAGGAGAAGGAGCGCAAGGAAGAGGUGCUGGCCAACAUGGCGCGUCGGGCUCGUGAGGAGCGUGCGGGCAUCCGCCACGAGCUUGAGGACGAGGAUGAGGAAGAUUUGGAGCAGGUGGAGGCUCGCGAGCAGAUCCGUCGCGAACGCGAGCGUGAACGCCGCCGUCAGAUGAACAUUGCCAAUGCGGCGCCAGACAAGCGCAACCGCCUAAACCGGGACAAGGAGCGCGAUGUGUCGGAGCGCAUUGCUUUGGGCCUGCCGGCUCCCAGCGCCGCGCAGCAGAGUGGUGGCUACGAUACUCGUCUGUUUGGGCAGUCGCAGGGCAUGGAUGCAGGCUUCGGUGCAGAUGACGGCUACAAUGUGUACGACAAGCCGUUCCGUGGUGAACAAGCGCAAAGCAUUUACAAGCCCAGCAAGGUGGACAACGUGUCGGCGGAGGACGAGUAUGAAGCCAUUAAAACUACGGAUCGCUUCCGAGCCGACAAGGGAUUCUCGGGUACAGAGUCGGGCUCCAAGCGCGGCGCGGCGCCUGUGCAGUUUGAAAAGUCCAACGAUGACCUCUUUGGCCUCAAUUCUUUCCUGGAAGAGGCCAAGGAUGGCAAGCGCGGUGCUUCUGGGUAA